AUGGUGCUGUUCAAUCCAGACAAAGACAUUCCGGACCUCUCGGGCAAGAUCAUCCUCGUGACCGGGGGGAAUAUUAGCCUAGGCAAGCAGACCAUCCUGCAGCUCAGUAAGCAUAACCCAGCAUACAUCUUCCUCGCCGCGCGUAUAGAGUCCAAGGCCCUGGCUGCAAUUGAGGAUAUAUACAAGGCUAUACUAGAUGCAGCGCCUAUUAUAUACCUCAACCUUAAUCUUAUAUCCUUUAAUACCACUCUAGCUAGUACCAUCAAAGAGGGCUAUGAGAUCCAGUUCGGCAUCAACUACGUCGGCUAUGCGCUCCUCAUGAAGAUCCUCCUCCCCACCCUCAAGAAGACAGCCGCAGCUACCACACCGCCCCAGAACGUCUGCAUCAUCAAUCUCUCCUCCUCCUUUAAGAAUAAAGCGCCCGCCACCAACACCUACAAGUUCGACAAGCUCAAGAUAGAUAUGGCUUCCACCCCGACAUUCGUCCGCUAUGGCAUCUCAAAGAUCGCCAACAUCCACCACGCCCGCGCCCUCUCCCGCCGCCACCUCGAGAUCCGCUCAAUUGCCGUGCACCCGGGCGUCGUCAACACCAAUCUCACGAACGGCCCGGCUGCUACUGGUGUUUUUUCUACGAAUGUAUGGAACGGCACUAAGAAUUAG